AUGGACUCCACACAAGUUCAGCCUCUGGCCGACCGCUCAACCAACACCCACCUUGCCAACACCAACGCGGACAAGACAGACAUGAAGUCUACUGACCUGUCUUCAAUGGAGCAACACCGACAAGCCCUUCAGAGCAAACUGGAUAAUGGCGAGAAGCAACCCGGUGCUUACGUUUCUCCCUCCGAUGAUAUUAUGAGUCCUUGCACAAAGAAGCUGAGUGAUAUUAAGGGCAAGCGAUUCAAGAAUGCCGGCAAGCCCCAAUCAUUGUUCGCUAAGCUUGGCAAGAAGAGUUACGAACAAUCCUCCGCCGAACAGAACCGAAAUGCGGAAUAG